CGGAGCGGCGAGGGCCGGGAGCUCCCGCUGCGGGGACUCGGCAGCCCGGCCGGGCCCGCCCCGGCUGGGGCGGGGACGCUGCUGCUGCUGCUGCUGGGGCGGCGGGUGGUUGCUUCCCGGCGGCAGGCGAACUCCGGCGGGCUCGCUGCGGACAGAGCCCCGUCCCCGCCCCGAGCCCGGUGAUUGGCGUCCCGGCGGGCAAGGGAGGGGUGCGCCUGGAUUGGGCGGCGGAGGGGGGCUUGGGACUGGUCUCGGGCAGUAUGGCUCAGAGGUGGGGGAGCGGGGGCUGCCUGCCCCACUGAGGAGGGGCUGCCGCUGCUGGACCCCCCCGGGAGCUGCUGCGCUCAGCAUCCCGCCGGCUCUCCAUUAGUGCCCCCUCCGCCUCUCGCUGCCCAGCCGGCUUGCCAUGGCCGGGGCCAUGAAGUUCAACGGGUACAUGAAGGUGCGGAUCGGCGAGGCGGUGGGUCUGCAGCCCACCCGCUGGUCGCUGAGACACUCGCUCUUCAAGAAGGGCUACCAGCUGCUGGACCCCUACGUGGCGGUGAGCGUGGACCAGGUGCGGGUGGGGCAGACCAGCACCAAACAGAAGACCAACAAGCCCACCUACAACGAGGAGUUCUCUGCCCCCGUCACCGAUGGCCGUCAGCUGGAGCUGGCCGUCUUCCAUGACACCCCCAUCGGCUACGAUGACUUUGUGGCCAACUGCACCCUGCGCUUCCAUGACCUCUUACACACCCUGGGCAGCGCUGACAGCUUCGAAGGCUGGGUGGAUCUGGAGCCAGAGGGAAAAGUGUUUGUGGUAAUCACUCUUACAGGUAGCUUCACUGAAGGAACCCUCCAGAGAGAGAGAAUUUUUAAAAAUUUUACUCGGAAACGCCAGAGGGCUAUGCGAAGAAGAGUACAUCAAGUCAACGGGCACAAAUUUAUGGCUACAUAUUUGCGACAACCAACGUACUGCUCCCACUGCAAGGAGUUUAUCUGGGGAGUAUUUGGGAAGCAGGGAUACCAGUGCCAAGUAUGCACCUGUGUUGUACACAAGCGUUGCCAUCAUCUAAUUGUUACAGCCUGCACGUGCCAAAACAAUAUUGACAAGACAGACACCAAGGUUUUGGAACAAAGAUUUGGAAUCAACAUUCCUCACAAGUUUAGGAUCCACAACUACAAAGUACCAACCUUCUGCGAUCAUUGUGGUUCUUUGCUGUGGGGGAUAAUGCGGCAAGGGCUGCAGUGUAAAAUGUGUAAAAUGAAUGUACAUAUUAGGUGCCAAGCCAACGUGGCACCCAACUGUGGGGUGAAUGCAGCAGAACUGGCCAAAACCUUGGCAUGUAUGGGCCUGCAGCCAGGAAAUAUUUCUCCAAAUUCGAAAUUAGUUUCAAGAUCCACGCUGAGGCACCAGGGAAAAGAAAGUCCAAACGACGGCAACGGUGUGAGUGGAAGUUCAGCAAGCAGGUUCGGGAUCAAAGACUUCACCUUCAUCCGAGUGCUGGGAAAGGGCAGUUUUGGGAAGGUGAUGCUUGCCAAAAUAAAAGAGACGGACCAGCUGUAUGCCGUGAAGGUGCUGAAGAAGGAUGUUAUUCUCCAGGAUGACGAUGUGGAAUGCACCAUGACAGAGAAGCGCAUCCUGUCCCUGGCCAGGAGCCACCCAUUCCUCACCCAGCUUUUCUACUGUUUUCAGACUCCUGAUCGCCUGUUCUUCGUCAUGGAGUUCGUGAAUGGUGGGGACUUGAUGUUCCAUAUUCAGAAGUCCCGUCGGUUUGAUGAAGCUCGAGCCCGCUUCUAUGCUGCAGAAAUUAUUUCAGCCCUCAUGUUUCUCCACGAGAAAGGCAUCAUUUAUCGGGAUCUGAAGCUGGAUAAUGUGUUGCUGGAUCACGAGGGCCACUGCAAGUUGGCAGAUUUUGGCAUGUGCAAAGAGGGGAUUCGCAAUGGAAUUACUACAGCAACGUUUUGUGGCACACCGGACUACAUUGCUCCAGAGAUUCUGCAGGAGAUGCUCUAUGGUCCUGAUGUAGACUGGUGGGCUAUGGGGGUGCUGCUGUACGAGAUGCUAUGUGGCCAUGCCCCUUUUGAAGCAGAGAAUGAAGAUGACCUCUUUGAAGCCAUUCUGAAUGAUGAAGUUGUUUACCCAACCUGGCUUCAGCAGGAUGCAGUAGGGAUCCUGAAAGCUUUUAUGACCAAGAACCCCAACUCACGCCUGGGCAGCCUGGCUCAGGGUGGGGAGAACACUAUCCUGAGGCACCCCUACUUUAAAGGGUUGGACUGGGACCUGCUGAACCAGCGCCAGAUGGAACCACCCUUCAGGCCAAGAAUUAAAUGCAGCGAAGAUGUUAGUAAUUUUGAUCCUGAUUUUAUAAAAGAAGAACCAGCUCUAACCCCCAUUGAAGAAGGGAUUAUCGCAAUGAUUAACCAAGAAGAAUUUAGAAACUUUUCAUACACUGAUCCAGAAUUACAGCCAUAGCCACAUGGAAGGUUGUGCAAGGUGGUGAUAGCAUCUGAUGGAAGAAGUGAAAAUUGGUUUACCAGGAGUUUCAUUCUCAAGGAAUACACUGAAACAGCCUUAUAUUAUGCAACAGCACCAACAACAAAGUUACCUUAAUGUGAAAUUAAAAAAAAAAACAACAAAACCUCUAGGAUUUGUGCAACUCUGAUAUCAAAUAUUUAUAGGGCUGGAAUAAACAUGGUACAGUAUCAUAAAUAGUCAAUGCAGACUAUUAAUGCUGAGCUAUGUGGUUCAGCACAGAUCUGACUAGUUGCAAUUUGCAAUGAGUUUGGGGAGUUGGUGUGAGCAUGAAAUGAGCAGAGUUUUGCAGCUCUGAGCCAAACAGACAUUUUACAAUACCGACCUCUGCAAGACUCAGCUUUGAGGGAUCCAGCACUGCCCCCUCUUUGGAAACAUAGGAAAGAACCAGCAACCACUGGGCUCCUUGAGCAAGAUGAUGUAUGUGGCGCUACCUGUUUCUGGAGUAUUUAUUUCUAUCCUAAGGACAAAUGGCUCUUUGAACCUGUUUUGGGCUUCCAUGUCAAAUAUUUUACUGUGCAGACUAUCAAAAAAGUGUCACCCCUACCUGUUCUUCCAAAUCGGAGUGAAGCCACUUGUAACUCAGCGUUUUAGUAUGUGUGUGAUAUGAAAAGUUUUAGCAUUUGCAUUCUGUGAAAUGCCUUUUUGCAUCAUGCACUCUCGAUGCUCCUUUCUUUCUCUGCAUACCAGCUGUUUUCAACUAAAAUAUUGUGUGUGAAACCUUGCCAUUUACUUAGAUUUUAUUUAAUUAUGUUAUACGGAGCCCCUUUUGCGAGUUCCCUGGCUCAUUAAAACUUUGAUGGAAAAUGGUAGCUCUUAAAUUAUUCAUAGUGUUGUUGUGACGGGAGCUGCAAAGCUGGCAAGCUGUUUGAAAGCAGAAUUGUCAAAUAAUAAGCAACGACAUAAAAGGACAACACUCUCCCCAUUAGAAGGAUAAACCUUUGCUAAGAUUCAAGGAGAGAGGUGACCUAGUUUGGUUUUAUUCAGAAGGGAUGCCUUAUCAAUUGUAGCCUUAAGCACGUGAGCCAUAGUCAAGUUGGUACAAUGCUGAAAGCAGCUUCUAGACACCAGUCACUCCAGUAGGAGAUUCAGAUGUGCUUUACCUUCACUUCUGGAAAGCGGACAUAUCAUAUGUCCGUUUCCAAUGCUGCCUUCUUUAGCCAAUGCUAAGCUUCAGCCUGCAUGUCAGGAUUAGAACCAUUUUUUCCUGAGGAUUUGACUACCUCCUGGGCAGAUACCAAUUUGUGGGAAGAGGAGGUGGGUUUUAAACAGUUUGCAAAGCUAUUUUGUAUCACAGGUCACAAGAUUAAUCUGAAAAAGGGUGGUCUGGGAAGACUGUCCAUGUUCUCACGUCUGGUCUACACACUGACAAUAUACCUGCAAAACUCUGUUGGUUAGGGGGGUGAUUUAUUUUAUUAUAUUUAUUUUUCUUACUCAUAGAGUUGAAUGCAUGCAAGCCCGAGUAUGGAUGCAGUUCUACCAGUAUAAAGUCCGUGCGUAUAUUGGUAUAGUUUAUUUCUGUUCCUAUACAGGAAUAAAUUUUAUACUGCUGUAAGCACUUGUAUACCACUGUAACUGCAUCCAUACUUGGGGGCUGCACUACUUUAAUUAUGCUGGGCUAGUUAAAGUGGUACAAGUUGUGUAUGUAGACAAGACGUUACAGUCCAAUCCAAAGCCUAUGGAAGUCAAAUGGUAUCCUUUCUUUGACCUCCGUGGUCUUUGGAUCAGGCCACACCCACCACAGCAGCAUCUGAGCACUGGUAAAAACGGAGAUUCUCUCUUUAACAAGCAAUAAGCACGUGGUGGGCAACAAAUGAAUAAAAAUGAUCAUUAGAAAAACCUUACUUUCAGCACUGGAAGGAGUGCUUCAGCAGGCAAAUUCUCCAUGGGUAAGCCCCUUUGGCAGUUAGUCCCACUGGAGAUAAUUGUAGAGUAGCCUCCUGGGGAUACCUGUGCCAUGAAGGUGAUUUGUGAUAUGCCUCCUUCACCAGAUGGCUGGUAUCAUCCCUCUCACUUUUAUUGGUAGUGUUGCUCCUCUGAACAUCCAUGGGCCUCAUGGGAUGCCAUUCUUGAAUCCCUCCUCAGGAGUUAGAGCUGCCAAAUCACCCAUAAACAUUAAAUCUUACUGUUGCAUCACCCUGCUAACCGGACUCCUGUUACAUCAAUGGUUACAUCAUUGAUUGCAAGAUGAAUGUGGAAAACCCAACUUUUAAGACUUUUAUUGAUGUACCCCCAAGGAUCCAUAUUGGGAGUGAAUCCAAGGAACAGGCCAUUGUGACAUGUUUUCUGAUUUACAUUUCACAAAAAUCUCUGCUAGAAAGUAGGGAGUAGGAGUAUCUCUAAUUGCACGUAACACCAUCCUGAAGGGAGCCCAGCAGGAAAAAAUCUCCCCUUGUACAGCCAAUUUCUGAUUGGUCAUUCACCAGCGGUAACGUUUUUGGACGGGUGAGUAAAAUGUCAGGGGUGAAGUCCUGGCCCCAUGGAAGUCAAUGGCAAUUUUGCCAUUGAUGUUAUUGGCCCCAGCAGUUCACCCCAUAGGUCCUUUUACAUUAUCCUUAUCAUUGUAAAAGCAUGUGCAUGCAGAUCUCUUGCCUGGGCUGAAAAUUCAAUGGUAAUUUGCAAUUCUGCUGUGCAGUGUAAAAUAAUCAUACUGGUUUUCACAAUUCAGAAUAACCAUUCAUCUCUGCUGUCUUCCUGGAGCUAGAAUGGCAAACAUAAUGAUUUAGCUGCCAUAGUCAGCAGAUGCUGAAUCAGCGCAAUUGGCCAGGUUCCUUGAAUUCUGUCAUUCUUUUAGAAGGAAUUGAUAUUUCGCUUUCACUCCUUCAAGACCAUGAUGGCUGUAGAAUGAAUAUCAGUUCAUUAGAAAGUAUCCAGGCAAUAAUUUUGGUUUUUGCAAAAGCAGAUCUAGCAUUUAGGCUGUUGUUGAAUAUACAGCUAAAGGUUGAUUUUUAAAACAAAGCGUCCAUACGGAGAAGCUCCUGCAUGAGUUCCUCUGCCAAUUAUUUUGACAGCAUGACCAGCUUGGGUGGAUAUGAUUAGACAGUUUUAGUAUAUUAAUUUUAGACCAUGCAUUAAACUAGCAGCCACUGGUUUCCAAAGAUUAAAGUACAGAGAGCUUGUAUUCACUCCAGUAUGAAAAUUGGCCAUGGAACAAAUUAUUAUUAAGCAACUUUGCCCUAAAAAGGUAAAUGCAGGCUUUUUAAUACUUGCAUUAAAAAGAAAAGUCUC